UCUCUCAACUCAGCAAUAUCAUUAAGCAUAAGCACACAAAAAGCUAGAGCUACUCAUUCAUCUCUAAGCUCCCGAAAAUGCAGAACAACAAGGCUAUUUUGGAGGCUUUGUACAAGGCAUUGGCCCAAGGGCAAACCGAGACGGUGGCAAAGGUUCUAGCAACUGACCUGGAAUGGUGGUUCCAUGGUCCUCCGAAGUGCCAGCACAUGAUGCGGGUGCUCACAGGGGAUUCCAGCCACGUUGGCUUCAAGUUCGAGCCGAGAAGCGUAACGGAGAUUGGCGACUACUGUGUGAUUGCUGAGGGCUGGGAAGGAGCUCAGGCUUAUUGGGUGCAUGUGUGGACGAUCAAGGAUGGUUUGAUCACUCAGUUCAGGGAGUAUUUCAACACGUGGCUGACAGUGAGGGAUCUGAAGCCGCUAGGGUGGAAGGAGAGUAAGAGCUUCACUGUGUGGCAGAGCAUGCCAAGGGACCUGUUCCACCGUUCUUUGCCAAGCCUUCUCCUAGCUAUUUAGUACAAAUUAAACCAAAAGUAAACUUCUAUUAAAAGGACCCUAUCUGAACCUGGAUAUGCUUAUUACAAUGGAGUUCAGACAGCAGUACCUGGCAAAUCACUUGGUAUAUUCAAUUAGAAGAUCAAUGGCAGUGAAUCUGAAAAAAUAUUGAACUGCCGCUGAGACAUCCUUACCGACAAUAUCCCAACAAGAGACGAAUGAACUCACCGAGUGCGGGUUAUGGUGGAGUUUUUCGAUCGAGACUAUUAGGGUGAGGUUCUUGGUGCUUUCUCCUCCAGUUUAGAUAUCCCAAGCUCAGUUGCAGCUGAAGUAAUGGCGGCAAUCCAAACUAUUGAGUUGGCUUGGGUUCGGGACUGGAAGUAUGUUUGGCUAGAAGUUGAUUCAUCUCUUGUUCUCACAUUCCUUCGCUCUCCUCAUAUGGUGCCUUGGCAACUUCGAGUGGAGUGGGGUAAUUGUCCUAAUUGGAUUUCUCAGAUGCACUUUCGUUCUUCACAUAUUUAUAGAGAGGGUAAUCAAGUUGCUGAUGCUUUAGCUAAUUUUGGUGAUUCUUUGUCUGAUAUGAUUUGGUGGGAUUCGAUUCCUCCAUUUGCAAUUUCUUUUUGUGCUCGAGACCGUUUAGGUCUUCCUAAUUUCCGUUUUAGCUAGUUUGUAGUGCUUUAGUUGUUCUUGAAGAGGCAUGUCUCUUCAAUCUUUCGAGGGGUAAGGUUGUUGCCCUUGCACCGUCUUGAUGUACUCGUUUUUCUUUUUCUUUCAAUAAUUUUCCC